CCCGGCUGACGUCGAGCUUCAUCUGACCGCCCUGCCUGACUGCCGGCCUCUCAGUGGUGGCGGCAGCACUGCAUAUAUAUCCCUCGCUCGAUGGGUAUGGAGUGUCUUGCCGCCGCUCCGAGGAUAACACUCGCUAGGCACCAAGGGAGUCCUCCUCAACCGCUUCAGCGCGCUUUUCCUUCAGUCUUUAUUAAGCAAACCGGUCCCCGAGGACGCUCCUUUCCCCUCAAUGCCUGCACCACUCUUUCUCCUCCUUCUCCUCCCGCUGCUCCGGAGUCCAGUUUACCAGCAUGCCACUGGAUCAGAGCUAAAUGUGACCAAAGAUGAGCAAAACAUGCCCAACUUGAACACGUUCAACGUUGAUCGGUUAUCAUUAGGAGUUGAAUCUGAAGAGGCUGAAGAUCAUGCGAAGGAAGUCAGAGAAUCUCAGUUCCUUGUGAAUGAUGCAGGAAGAGAGAAACCACCCAUUAAGAAUCCAGCAAAUUUAGAUGGUGGAAAAAAGAACCCUAGCAAACACAAAAGAAAAGGAAACGAGAAGAAAACUAAAAGGAAAACUAAAACUCCGUGCGAAGGAAAAUAUAAAGGUUUUUGUGUUCAUGGUGAAUGCAGAUACAUUGAGCAGUUUCUAAUACCUGUUUGCACAUGCCACCCAGAUUACUUUGGUGAACGUUGCGUGGAACAGUUUUUGAAGACAAAAAGAACCAAUAAUGAAACAAGUGUCUUAAAAAUAGAAGUUGUGGUAGUAUCAAUUUUCUUCGCGAUGAUCAGUUUCGCCAUCUUUAUAUAUGUCAUCACUGAACAGGUAAGAAAAAAAUGCACUAACUAUAAUGAAAUAGAGGAAAGGAGAAAUCUCAAAAAAGAAAAUGGAAUUCCCAGCAGUAAUGUCUAAAAAAAAUGAAGAUAAUAAAAGAAGCUGUUGCUGAAGCAUGUCCUAAUUCAUGGAGGCAUCUCUGAAAAAUCUAAACCAAGAAAUCAAGGCAGAACCUGAAACUGUGUGUGCUGCAAGGAGGAUGAUCAUCCCUUUUUUCUUGGCAAUAGCCAACUGUACAUGCAGGAAUGAAUGGCUUUGGUUUCACAGCAGCACCAGCCAGCACACCAGCCAGUGCUGCUCAGUUGUAGGAGAAUACCGAAUGGUUGCUGCCCCGCAUAGUUCUUUUUUGCACAUGUUACCUUUGGCAGAGAUGAACUGAUUGAGAGAGUAUGUGAGAAAGCAUGAAUUUGAAAGGCACUUGUGAUUGUAUUCUUUGCUGUGUUCCACACACACCCAAGAAGGUGAAAGGCAGAAAUGAAGCUGGCUUUGAGUAAGUCUCUCACGCUGCUUAAAGAGCUCAAUGACUCCUAACCGGGACAAACGGUGCAGGGUGUGCCUUGUUUCUCCCACGCCUCCAACCUUGUCAUCUGGAGGAUUCCCGUUUGCUUGAUGAAAAUGUGCCAGGCCAGAAGUGCCAGUGUUGAAUGUAGUUUUGUCUCAUUGGAAAGUACAUAAGCAAUUGGAGCAGCUUCCAAGUUGCUGCUCUGGUUUUAAAACAUGUGUUUGGGGAGAUGCAAUCAGUUUGCAAAACUAUCAACCAACAGAGUUAUUUAUUGGUGGCUUUGAGAUUAGUCUAGUCCUUAACGUCUGCAACAUAUCCAUUCCAGAAUGUUCAGUUUUCCCUUUAAUGUUUUAAGGUGGGGAAUAACCUAGUAUUUCAGCAAUAAGAAUUGUGAGAUUUGGUUAAUGUAAAGACUUUAUUUUAAACAAAUGCACUGUUGUUGUUUUCUCAUGCUUGUUCUUCCUGGCUCUUAUCUAUUACCAUAUCAACAUACUAGUAAUUUAACAUGUAACCAGCAUCUGUAUAGCCAAAUGGUCGUCUUCUCUCUGCCUCCUCCACUUAUCUCUAAAUUAAAUCCUACAUCUGUCUAACCACCACAUACAUUUGAUUGACUAAAAAUUUCUAUCAGAUUCCAGAUUUCAUAACAAACACUAACUAAUUAGUGAGAACUGCUUCUCCCCUAUCUUCUCUGGGAUGAACAAGCAUUGCUCUGAG